AGACAAAUUUGUCAAUUCAUAAUCAGGAAAAUAAUAAAAAGAAAACAGGGAAAUCGAACGCCCCACCACCACAUUGAUUUUAUCCUCCCGUCUUCUUCGAUACCCAACAAAACCAGCUCCCAUUUACCCUCACCCCACCCACCCUCCUCCAUUCCGCUCUCGUUGUUUCCCAUUCUCAAAUUCAACCUCAAGGAAAAAAAAGGAUACCCAAAAUCAAGGCUUCAGUUUUUGUCAAUGAAACGAAGUACCCCGGAUUCCCAGAUACCCGGAGCUGACCAGAAAAUGAAGAAAGUAAAAGUAGAAUCUGAAGAAGAAGGAGAAGAAGGAAGUGGGUUGAUGAAUUUAGAUGAAAAUCUGUUGUAUGAGAUUUUGAAACACGUGGAUGCGAGGACUUUAGCUAUGGCCUCGUGUGUUAGCAAGCUGUGGCUCAAAACUGCCAAAGACGAGCGGCUUUGGGAGCUGAUCUGUACCAGGCACUGUGCUAACAUCGGCUGUGGAACUCAACAGCUUAGAUCUGUGGUUUUGCCUCUUGGUGGCUUCCGCCGGCUACACUCCCGUUACCUUUGGCCGCUUUCCAAGCCACAAUAUGCUUCGACUUCUUCUUGGGCUCCGCCCCCACCCAAGAUUAUUAACUCCAAGCCACCUGCUCGGUUGGGGAAAGAUGAGGUUCAGCUUUGUCUGUCUCUUCUCUCUAUUCAGUAUUAUGAGAAGAUGAAUUUCAUUAACAGAGACAGAUCAUUCUAAUUAAUUACUUACUAUGUGUAGCAUUAUAAAUAUAUGAAUCGGAUAUAAAUAUAACUUUAAUUUCUAGUUUCGGGUUUUGUUUUACUUUUGGUUCAUGUAUUGUUUUCUUAUAUUUGACUUGGGUUUUUUUUUUCUUAUUUCUUUCAUUUUGGAAUUUUUGUACUUAAGCUGGGUUUUGUGAACUAGAUCUGUAAUUCUGUGCUAAUGUUAAGUAUGAAUUGAAACAAUUGUUCCUUAACUUUAUGAUUAUAUAUUAGAUUUAAUGUUACUGUUUUGAAAGUGUUCUUGCAACACAUUUUUGGUAGGAAAGUGGAAAGGGCCAAGGAGGAGGGGUGAGAGUGGCAAAUGAGGGGUAUUGAUUGGAUUCUAUUUGGGAAGAUAAGCCUGGAUGGGCAGAACAAAACAGGGGGUCCAGUUGGUAACUUUUAUUAAUGUCUGGUACUGCUAACUUUUAUCUGCCAAUUUUUUCCAUGGCUGGAUUGUAAGAGACAGAGACUUUAGGUUGUGGUAUUUUUGGUAUUGCAUUUUAGAUCUGUUUUUCUGCAUGAGCCAAAGUACCUGAGAGAAGGAUAUCGUCCUAUUGUUCGUCCUGUUCUCCUGAGGAAUAGUAGUAUCUUACCUAAGGCAUCAAGCCCAAGUCGUUUCUUGGCUAAUGAAUGUUUUCUAUUCUCCUGAUAAGGCCUGUCAAAACUUAUUUCCUUUUGUUUUCGGAACUAGUUUCAGGCUUUCAGCUUGGUUUUUGCCCGCAUUUCAGGGAAGAGAAACUGGGUUAGUUACUUGUUAGGCUUCCAAAUUGUCACCGCUAACUGGGUUACAUGUGGGGGAGUUCCUAUCUUUGAUGGGCAAAUUUCCAGUAUUGAAAUGGGACCGGUAUUUUUGUCAUUUUCUACUGCGUCAGUGCGUAGUUGGAAUCAGUAAUCUGAUUUAUUCAAGCAUGCUCAACCGCAUAAGUUUUAGCUAUUAAGUU